UGGUUACUUUACGUCAAACUGCCGUAUGUCGCAAAACAGCCUAACAUCCCACACAUAGUUGGCAGCUACUAUUCACUACAGUAUAUAUCGUUUUAUUUACUAUUCAAGAUAACUGCUACAAUGGAAAUCUUACGUCCAUCAUUGAUCAACAUAAGUGGAAGAGUAUACAGAAGAAAUACCAUCAAAGAAGACCAGUAUGAAGAGGGGGAAGAGGACGACUCCUACAUGGGACCACCAGCAAGUGAACAGUUUGAUGAAGAAGAAGAGUUCUGUGACAGCCACUCCAUAGAACAGAAUGACAAAGGUUUCAGCUGUGCCAUUGAUGUCCCAAGUGUUCUUUACAAAUACAUCAUCGGAAGGAAAGGAGAGACACGUAGAAGGCUAGAGGCAGACACAAAGACAGACAUCGACAUUCCAAAACAAGGAGUGGAAGGGCAGAUUGUGAUCACUGGCUCCCAGAAGGCUGCGGUGUCCUCUGCCGUGACUCGUGUCGAGCUCCUGGUGCAGAGCUUUCGCAAGAAGCAGCCGUUCACCCACUUCCUGUCGUUCGCUCUUAACCACCCUCAAGUUCAGGAUGGAUUCCUGAGGUUUAAAGAGGAGGUGUUGGAGCAGUGUUCUCAGGACCACGGAGUAGAUGGAAGCAUCUUCCAGAACCCUGCUAAGCUCCAUCUAACAGUCGGCACCCUGGCUCUGCUGAACGACCUGGAAGUGACCCAAGCAUGUAAACAACUCCAGCACUGUCAGGACUUUAUCAAGACCAUCACAGAAGGGAAGCCUCUCCCGCUAGAGGUCACAGGGAUUGAGUACAUGAACGAUGACCCAGCCAUGGUGGAUGUCCUGUAUGCCAAGGUCCAAGUGAAAGAUGGUUCGGACAAGCUGCAGGCCAUUGUGGAGCGGCUGGUGGACCACUUUGUUUCCUCAGGGCUGAUGGUCAGAGAAUGGGACAGAGUGAAACUGCACGGCACGGUGAUGAACACUCUGUUCAGGAAGGAUGCUUCAGCCGAAGCCGCAGGAGGAAGGCAGAACAUGAAGGAGCGGGAGGCCUUCGAUGCCAGGAACAUAUUAAAGAGUUUUGGGUCGUACCAUUUUGGGGAGUUUGAUCUGAAUGCUGUCCAGAUUUCCCAGAGAUAUUCUACCGACUGCACCGGCUUCUACACCUCAGCUGGCCUUCUGAACUUCUCCUGAACACCUCUCCCCUGAACGUUCACUCAGGUCAGAGGUGAACGAUGAAGCUUCAAGGUGGACUGGACCUGCAGAGAUGAAUGACAGGGUUACAAGGUGGACAUGUCAGAAACUCUAGGGUGUCUCUCUCACCAUGGACUUGGCUGCAGGCGUGGAGAUGCCAGUGGCAAUCAAAUGCCAAUGGAAUUGUGUCAUAAAAUGCUGUCAUUCAUUUCCGUGGGACAUCGUGCUCCAUCUCCCCCAGUCACAUGCUUCCUGCUAAAGACCUGUGUUCCUGAAGUGUUUACAUUUCAACUGGAGUUGAAGACACAUUGGGUUAAUGACACAUUGGAUUAAUAAUGACACAUUGGAUUAAUAAUGACACAUUGGAUUAAUAAUGACACAUUGGAUUAAUAAUGACACAUUGGGUUAAUAAUGACACAUUGGAUUAAUAAUGACACAUUGGGUUAAUAAUGACACAUUGGAUUAAUAAUGACACAUUGGAUUAAUGACACAUUGGGUUAACAUUUGGUUCUGAUAUUUUUCCCUCUAUGGCAUAAGGUUCCACUUUUGUGAUAUGGGAUUAAUCUGUAAAAAAUAUUUUUAGAAUAAACAGACAAAUUAUUCAAA